AUGAACAGAGACGAUGGGGAGGAAAAUAAGGCAGAAGAACAAGGACAGGAGGAGCCACGAGAGUCACCGGUGUCGGGAGGACAAGAGAACCUUUCCCCAUGUGGGGGACUGGAAGCUGCCUCAGCAACCUUGGAAAGAGCAGAAGGUCGGCAGGAAACCCACCCAACGGAGGAAGCGGAAGGCCACAGUCAACCCGGAGUCAAAGCUAUUCGCAAGAGGAAGAAGAUGUUAUCCCGUGUGGAGCUGCAGCAUCAUUCUCAGAGGAUUAAUCCCCAAGAGCUGUUAGAGGAUGUACAGGUGAGUGAAAAUGAGGGAAAACAACAUAGAGGACGACCACGAAGAAGAACUAGAAGUGAGGAGGUCUGCAAUCAGCCUCGAAAAAGGAAGCAGUCAGGAAACAGUACGCAGGGAAGGAAGGAUAAAUCCGUUCCCUCAGUGAGUGGGGUCUCCCUUGAACCAGGAAAGCAGAAAACAAAGAGACCCAGAAAGUGCCUUGAUGCUCAUUUGAGAAUCCACACGGGGGAGGAACCCAGCCAAACCUCAGAGCCUGUGAAAAGUGACCCUCUGAGCAAAAAAACGAUGAAACAUCCCAGGCUUGAUGCCAGGGGAAUGACACAUAAAUGUUUGGUGUGUGGAAAGAGUUUCAGAUGGGAUUCAGUCCUAAAAAUACAUCAGCGAAUUCACUUCGGGGGAAAACUGCAUAAUUGUACAGAAUGUGGAAAGAGCUUCACUCGAAGAUUAGACCUUAUCGUACAUAAAGUGAACCAUAGAAUUGAGAAACGCUUUAAAUGCAAAGAAUGUGGGAAAAGCUUCUGUCGGAAAGUACACCUUACCAAACAUCAACGAAUUCACACAGGAGAGAAACCCUAUAAAUGUGAAUCGUGUGGAAAAGGCUUCAACGAAAAAUCACACCUUAAGCAACAUCGGAUGUGCCAUACAGGGGAGAAACCCUAUAAAUGUGAAGAGUGUGGAAAAAGUUUCAAUGACAAAUCAAACUUUAAUCGACAUUGCAUGUGCCAUACAGGGGAGAAACCCUAUAAAUGUGAACAAUGUGGAAAGUGUUUCAAUCAAAGAUCAGCCCUUAAUCGUCAUUGCAUGUGCCAUACAGGGGAGAAACCCUAUAAAUGUGAACAAUGCGAAAAAAGCUUCAACUAUAAAUCACACCUUAAACAACAUCGCAUGUGCCAUACAGGGGAGAAACCCUAUAAAUGUGAAGAAUGUGGAAAGAGUUUCAGUCAAACAUCAACCCUUAAGCAACAUCGCAUGUGCCAUACAGGGGAGAAACCCUAUAAAUGUGAAGAAUGUGGAAAGUGUUUCAGUCAAAGAUCAGACCUUAAAAAUCAUCACAGGUGCCAUACAGGGGAGAAACCCUAUAAAUGUGAAGAGUGUGGAAAAGACUUCAAUUGGAGCUCAUCCCUUAAGAGACAUCAAAAAACUCACUCAGGGAAGAAACAUUUUUAG